AUGUCAUCAUCUCCGUAUGCUCCAGCGGGAAAUAUUCUGAACCAAAUAAUAAAGACGAAGAAGGGACUAAAGGCAGUGGCCUACAACAAAGAUGGGGAACUGACUUGCAGCAAGACAGCGUAUGCGCAAAGCUCACAUGUUUUGCAACACAAGCCAUUGUUGGACAAAAUACUUCGAGAAGUGCCGGUCGACGCCAAUAACAAGGGAUUGUUAUACAUCUUGCUGUAUGAACUUUUGAUGGGUCCUAACAGAGCCAUUCGAGGGGGAGGGGCUCUCAAACGACAACUAUUGAAACAACAGGAACAACUGCAAGCCACUCUGUUCAGGUUACAACCCUCCUUUGCGAAUAUGACCGCGUCUUCACCCGACCAAUCCUCCUCGGACUAUGUUACCAUUCCACGUUAUGUACGGGUCAAUACGAUAGUAUCUUCCAUGGAGCAAGUACUUUCUCAAAUCGAUGCCAAAACAAAACCAUCCAAGAACAACAAGAACAAAAAGAAAACCAAAAAACCAUCAUUGCAAGACUCCUCUUCCUCAUCAAAAAUGCCUCGGUAUGUGGACCCUCAUGUUCCCAAUGUUUUGGUUUUUCCACCAACCGCAUCCACCCGUGCAAAUCUACAAGAGUUGGUGAAGUCGCAACAGGUAGUAUUACAAGACAAGUCGUCUUGUUUUUCGGCACUCUGCAUGGUCCAUGGGUUUGAUACGCUACCAUCCAUGGAGGGGGAUUUUUUGGAUGCGUGUGCCGCUCCGGGCAACAAAACGUGUCACUUGGCGGCACUAUUGACCGAACAGGCAGCAGCCGCAGCAUCAACUACUACUACUACUACUAGUAAAUCCUCCUCUUCCAAACGUGCGUCGUCAGUGGUGGUACAUGCCUUGGACAAGUCCAAAGACCGAUUUGAGCUAUUGCAACGCCGCAUGAAGGAACUCACAGAGACACCUCCCCGAGACGGAGAUGCCAAAAAGAAUAAGGUUACUACUGUAGAGUGUCACAAUGCGGAUUUCUUGAGCAUUGAUCCCGAAACCGACGAGACCUUUUCCAAUGUGACAGCAAUCAUGCUGGAUCCAAGUUGCUCGGGAAGUGGCAUGAUUUCCAAUCAUCAAGAAGCCAUGGACCGAGAUCCCUUGUCCAAACCCAAAAAUUUCGAUCGAAUCGAAUCCCUGUCCAAUUUUCAAUUUCAAGCGCUCCAGCAUGCCACCUCUGCCUUUCCAAAGGUCCAACGUGUGGUGUAUUCGACCUGCAGCGUCUACGUGCAAGAAAACGAGGGCGUCGUCCAACGCUUGUUGGAAUCAUCAUCAUCAUCCUCCUCCUCCUCCAAUGAUGGUAAUGACGGAGGGGAAUGGGAAUUGGUGGCACCGAAAUGUUUGGACCAUUGGCACCGCCGAGGGUUGGAGCAUCCCGAUGUGGUUGGCCUUAGUCCCGAACAAUUGCAAUGUUUGAUUCGAGUGAAUCCCGAAGAAGAUGGCACCAAUGGCUUUUUUGUGGCAUGCUUGCAACGGAAAGCAGCAAAUAAGGCUCCAAAGAAGAAGAAGAAGAAGAUGAUUGGGGCCAAGAAGAAUACAUACGAAAAACCAUUGGCGACCAUGGGAAUGGAACUAUAUGACAACCAAUUCAACAAGGACGAUAAUAGUACCGGUAAGGAAGAAAAGGAAGAAACGUCCACGGUGUUGUCAUCAUCGGCUGUCACGACGAUGAGCAAUCAAAAAUCGUCUGGCAAGAUGAAGAAUGAUGAUGAUUCUUCUUCCAAGAAGAAGCGAAAAGCUGAAGGUGACAAAGAGGGUGACGAAGAAGAAUCCAACAUUGUAUCCAAAAAGCGGGCCAAAAAGAUGGAAUGGAAAAAGAAGCAACGAGAAAAGAAGCUGUUACGACUGGCAAAGCAAGAGCAACAAGCAAACAACUCAUCAGAACAGUAA